ACUGUUCUUUCGUGAUCGAUUCAACUCUCUCUACUUCUGUUCUUAAUUUACUCCAAUUGUGUUCUUUCGUGAUCUUCAAAUGGAGAGAUCGAAUUCUCGUCGGGCAUUUGCUGCUCCUUUCAUCGUCUUGGCAGUGGUGGUGAUGGUGAGCUCGGCCUCGCAGGAGCCCAAGCGCCCAUCGUCCGUGAGCUUCUACAUGCACGACACGCUCCAGAACAAGACCCAUCCAUGGACGGACACGGCGGUGGAGGUGGCCGGACCACACCACAACCUCACGGGCCUCGGCUUUGGCAAGAUCAUCGUCUUCAACGAUUCACUCACGGAUGGGCCGUCGCUGGCGAGCUCCAAGAUCGUGGGAAAGGGUCAGGGCGUCUACAUUUACGACCACACCCAGGCCGGGGUGGCGUUCAACGCUCUGCUCCUCUUCUCGGCGCUCAUCGAGACGGGCGAGUACAACGGGACGAUCAACUUCAUGGGCGCGGACGUAAUCUUGGCGCCAUCGCGGGAUAUCAGCGUCGUGGGCGGGACGGGCGACUUUGAGAUGGCUCGCGGCAUCGCCACGAUCACGACGCACUCGAUCGAUGGGGACACUUUCAUCGUCCUGUUCAAGAUCAAGCUCAUCUACUGGUAAGCGAUUUGUUUGUACUAAUCAAGUUUGGGUGUUUUCUGGUUGUACGAAAGUUACAUUCUCAAAACAAUUUUUUCUUCCUUCUGGAGAGUUCUAAUAAGAAACGCUAGAUUUUUUAACCUUGCGUCUCCACCUACAGCAUAGAUGAUGGCGAGCGUGCACGCUCACUCUUUUUCUUAAAAGUCAAGCUUUUACGUCAGUGUGAGCGAAGCUCAAGUGAUAACC